GUUUUGGAAUCCGUACUUGGUAACGGAUUAGACUCCUUCCUCAUUAUUCGAGGGAUUGCUGAUUACGUAGAGGGUCGUCAAGGCACUCAGUGGCAGCCAUAUGCAGCACUUGCGGCCGCUUCCUUCAUGAAAGCAGUGAUCAUGGAAUUGCCUCCAGUACUCAUCCAGGACGACUAG